AUUUCUAAUUCUAAAAUGGCGAUUGUGAUUUAUCAAUUUGAUACUUGUAAAGCUUAUAAUUUGGUUAUAGAUUAAUAAUUCAGCAAUUCUUGUUAUUUACCAAUACUGUUUUUAUCUAAAAAAAAACUAAGAUAAGGUUGGAGACAAUUACUGGGAUAUCUUCUGCAGGAAUAUACCAUGUCGUGGCGUGGUCGUGAGGACCGCAUGAACCGCUGGGGCGAUAACCGAACUCGCUCUCCAGGGCGGGAUGCGAGGCGUAGCAGAAGUCCAGACCGAAGUCGACCGUCAUCGCCGAGGGACCGUCACAGGGAUCGCCGUGACAGGCACGACCGUGAGCGUGACCGCGAUCGCGAUCGCCGUGACGUCGAUCGUCCGAAACGUGAUCGGUAUGAUAAGCCUCGAGACCGGGAUAGGCGCCGUUCUCCACUACGCGAUGACAAUAUCCCUGCCGCCCCGUCUCCUCCUAAAAUAAGUUUUGAGCAAGAAAAGAGUAGAUCUCCGACUAAGAGCAGGUCUCCAUCCGUGGAGCGAGACGAAACUUAUGACAAGACUGAAGAUGUUCCUAUAGUUACUGCCUCACCCGGUGAUUGGAUCUGCAAAUGUGGCUCUUACAACUUUAAGAGGAGAAUGACUUGUUAUCGAAGAUACUGUCAAGGAAAGAGAUCGGAUGGUGUAGUGUAUCAUGGGGGUAAUGAAAGAAUUGGUACAGAUGGUAGUGCUGGUAUAACUAAGAGGUUACUUUUCAGACGGCUUGAUGCAUUGACUACAGAAGAAAAAAUCUUAGAAGCUAUAAAAGAAAGGUGUUCAAAGUCAGUCUUAGAUUCAAUAGCAGGAAUCACAAUAGGAAGAGAGACAUUGACAGGUGCUUCAAAAUGCUUAGCUUACAUUAAUUUUAAUUCUAUAUCAGAUUCCACUGCUGCUCAUUCAGAACUUUUAGCUCUAGAUCCACGACUUAGAAUUGAUGGCAGAGAAGUGCUUAUUUCAUUUUAUAAUGAGCCACAAAAGCAUACAGGUAGUGCAGACUAUUCUGCUUAUUAUGCUUCCUCUUAUAAUCCAACUAAGUCUAUGUCUGAAGCUGAUAGGGUUAAUGCAGCAGCUGCUGUUGCUCAGUCAGCAAUUUCGGCAGCACAAGCUCGACAAAUGUCAUGGACUCCCGGUGCAGUACCUGUAUUUGUUCCAUCAGCACAAUCUGCAACAGCAAGCAAUGUACCUAUUGGAGAUGGAAAGACAGUUUACAAACCACCAGAUGUUAGAACAUUCAUGUAUGAUGAAACAUCAGGAUAUUAUUAUGACCCAGCUACUGGAUUAUACUAUGAUGGAAACACACAGUAUUUCUAUAACAGUACCAUAGCACAGUAUAUGUAUUGGGAUGCCUCAACUGCCACAUACAUAGCAGCGAGUCAGAUGCAACAGAACACAAACCAGCCUAAAUUACAGAAUCCACCACAAGCAACUCUCGAAAAUACUAUUCCCAAGGAACCAGAAGAGAAGAAGAAAAAAGAUAAAGAUGACAAAGUUAAAGUUGCCAAAAAGAUUGCUAAAGAUAUGGAGAGAUGGGCUCGAACAUUAAAUCAAAAGAAGGAGAAUGCUAGGAGCAAUAUUGUGAUGGAACAGCCCCAAGACCAUGGAGCAAGCAUAGGAUCUGCAGACAUUGGCUUUUCUGUGCUAGGUGCUGGGCCAUCCAUACCUCGCAUGCCAGAAUUGUCUCCACCCCAAGUUGUCAAUGAUGAUUUCUUACUGAAGAAUGAAGAGCCAGAUCAAUUUGACAGUGAUGAGGGUAUUAUAGACUGGAUGAAGCUUACAUGUCUUCUGUGCAAGCGAAAAUUCCCAUCUGUAGAUGUACUCACAAAGCAUAAAAAUUUAUCAGACUUACACAAGCAGAAUUUAGCUGAAUUCCAACAGAAGAACAGCUCAAUGCACCAACCUAAUGGGUACCGGGAUAGGGCUGCAGAGAGAAGAAUGAAAUUUGGGGAGGAUGAAGUACCAAUUAUACGAAAAAGAUUUGAAUCAAAUGCACCAGCACCUAUUGUGUCUCAUCCACCACCAUCUGUUGUUGAUACCAUUGGAGGUAAAAUGUUACAAAAAAUGGGGUGGUCUGAGGGAAGGGGCUUAGGUAAGACAGAACAAGGAAGAAUUGCUCCCAUAGAGGCAGAACAAAGACCAAGCUUGGCUGGUUUGGGCCAGAAGCGAGGGAUUUACACACCGACUCCUGGCCAGACAUACAGGGAUACAGUCAAACAACUAAUGAUUGCGAGAUAUAAAGAAGUCAUCCAAGAGGAAGGCAAUAAUUGAUAUCAAGGUGAGUCUUAUUACACUAUUGUUCAUUUAUUUCAUAUCUCUUUCAGGUUGGAUCCAGGUUUGUAGUGUUAAAACACCUUUUAUAACCUUCAGUCAGAGACAGUAAUCUUAUAACUAAAAUUAAUCAAUUUUUUAAUAUAGCACUUAAGUUUAUUAUUAUUUGAUUUGGUAUGUAUUUCCACCUGGUUUUUGACAGUAGGAAUUGAAUCCUUUCAUUGUGCAAAUUAAAUGUUUUUGAAUUUAUAAUAAUAAUUUGGCUGAAAGGUCUCUGUCAGCAAUUUAAAAAAAUAAUAAGUUUAUUUGUGUCAUGGGCCUAUCUGAUCAUAAUUUUUUGUCAAGUUAUAAAAUAAAUUAAAAGAUGGUAUGAGGGAGGUUUUAUUAACUAAUAUCUAAUUGUAUGAUUCUGUGUUCAUUCAAAAUAGAUUCGGCGCAAGAGAUGCAUUGGCAAGCCGUUACCAUGUGUCAUCUUAUGCAAUGGUAAGUGUAUACUUCUUUCCUCCUUGUCUAAUCAUUUUAUUAACAGGAAUACAGGUAUCAAGGAACUACACAUAAGGGAUGCAUAUUGUGUCUUACAUUUGGGGAGUGUUGAUUGGAUCGGGGCCAACUACCAAACCAACCAUGUGACAACAUGUAUAAUGCAUUGUUUGUUGUAAUAUAUCUAUUAUACUUCCUUUUUCUUAGUGACAGCAUUUUUUAAUGAUCAUGACAAACACAGUGGAACUUUAGCUUAGAUAAAUUGAAACAUUUGAUUGGACAAAUUAGUGAACAUUAAUUAGAAUUUGGGAACAAACUGUGAUAAGACUGUGAUAAUGUGCUAUGAAGAAAUGGUGAAUGGUAUUAUUUUAGACUUUUAUUGAUUUUUGUGACUAUUUGCAUUGCAGAGUUGGUGUGCCGAGAUCUACGUGCCAAUGUAGUUUAUCCCUACACUAAUAAAUGAUACUGUUUUUGUUAUUAGCUAACUUUAAUUAAUUUGGCUGUAAGUUGGAUAAAUUGUAAUUACAUUUCUUCCAUCACCAGUGUUAAGAAUAGAAUCUGAGAGAUACAUGGAACUUAUAAUGUAUUUAAAUCAUUUGCUUUUUAAGUAGUGGACCAUUAUUUUACAUAAUAUUAUAUUAAGGCAUUUACUAAUAACUCGUAGAACUUGAUUAGUAUAAUAUUGAUAAUAUAUAAUAAUAAUUUAAUUAUUAUUCAUGGCUAGCUCAAAAAAUGUAUAACCACCGAGGUAUAUUAUGUUAACAUAGGAUAUAAUAAUACUUUGAAUUGAAUCUGGUUCUUUUCAUGUAAUUUCUCUAUUGAAGAUUGGGACUGAUCAUUUAACAUCAGGUGAUCAAUUAAUUUUGUCUAUACUUUAAAGUUUUAUUGAUAAAAUUAGAGGAUUGGAUAAAGAUGACUGACCUUGUAAGAUAUUUAAUACCAUUCUUAACCAACAUAAAGCAAGACAAUUUUGUAAUAUCAAUUUGUGAAAAUGUUCAAUUUGUAAAUAACUCCUAAGUUACUCUAGUUUAAUAUUUUACAUAAGUGUAUAAAAUUUAUAAAUAAAUUUAGUAUUUUAAAA